CAUAAUCAUUAUUUAGGCAUCUACAAGGUGCGAAUAAGUACACGUAUUUUCUGCAAAUUUCAUUUAGCGGCAGCAAGCUGUUGAAUCAUGCGCGUCAUAUUCUGCGCGGCACUGCUCAUUGUGACGCGGCGCCAUCGCGAUUUUCCGCGUCGUCCGCGCGAUUGCAGUGUGUUGUGUUUUGUGUGGAUUGUGAAUAGUGACAAUGAAUUAUUUACGUAAAAUAAAAUCCCGGGAGUGUUAUCUUUAAAGCGUUUUCCAGUGUGAAGAGAAUAAUUGACAACAGUGAUCUCAACCCACGUUUGAUUAGAAAUGGCGCCGCCGGCCGAGCCGCGAGCGGACGACAAGCUGGAGCGGGCGCAGCGUAUCACCCGCGAGAACCCGUACGACCUGGAGGGCUGGAGCUACCUGCUGCACCAGGCCAGCUCGUGGCAGGUGGACGCCGCACGGGACGUCUACGAGCGGCUCGUCUCAGUGUUCAACACGUCCGGACGCUUCUGGAAACAGUACAUUGAGCAGGAGCUGAAAGCUAGAAACUAUGACCGCGUUGAAAAGUUGUUCCAACGAUGUCUGGUCAAGGUGCUGAACCUCGAGCUAUGGAAGCUCUACCUGACGUACGUCAAGGACACAAAGGCCACGCUGCCCUCCUUCAAGGAGAAAAUGGCGCAGGCGUACGACUUUGCUCUGGACAAGAUCGGCAUGGACUACCACUCGUUCCCCGUGUGGCACGAAUACCUGGCCUUUCUGAAGGCGGCCGACGCCGUGGGGUCGUACGCCGAAAACCAGAAAAUAUCCGCCAUCAGAAAGGUGUUCCAGCGCGGCGUGCUGACACCGAUGAACAACGUCGAGAUCCUGUGGAAGGACUACAUGAUCUUCGAGAACAGCAUCAACCCCAUCAUCGCCGAGAAAAUGGCCAUGGAACACACCCGGGAACACGUGAACGCCAAGCGCGUGGCGCGAGAGAUGGAGAACGAGAUUCGGGCCAUUAACCGAAACUACCCGAGCAUACCGCCCACCGGCAACCCCGAGGAACAAAAACAGAUGUCGGCCUGGAAGAAGUACAUCGCCUGGGAGAAGAGUAACCCUCUGCGCACGGAGGACAUGUCGCUGUGGACCCGGCGGGUGACGUUCGCCUUCGAGCAGUGUCUGCUCUGUCUGGGCCACCACCCGGACGUGUGGUACGAGUACGCCGUCUUCCUGCAGGAGGCCGCGCAGGUCAUGACCGAAAAGGGGGAUGUGACGGCCGCCAAAGCUACCACGGAUGAGAUCGCCUCGGUGUUCGAGCGGGCCACUCAGGGCCCGAUGCGCGGCUGCAUGCUCAUCUACUUCGCACAUGCAGACUUUGAGGAGACGCGCAUGAACAACGAGAAGGUGCACAAGAUCUACAGCGGGCUGGUGGAGGUGCAGGACAUUGAUCCGACACUGGGAUACAUCCAGUACAUGAAGUUCGCGCGGCGCGCCGAGGGCAUCCAGUCGGCGCGCAAAGUGUUCAAAAAGGCGCGCGAGGACAAGCGCAGUCGGCACCACGUGUUUGUGGCCGCAGCUCUCAUGGAGUACUACUGCAGCAAGAACAAGGAGGUGGCGUUCAAGGUGUUUGAGCUCGGUCUGAAGAAGUUUGGUGACAACACGCAGUACAUCCUCAGCUACAUCGACUACCUGUCCCACCUGAACGAGGACAACAACACCCGGGUGCUCUUUGAACGAGUGCUCAGCUCAGGAAUGCUGGACGAGGUCAGCUCAGUGGAGGUAUGGAACCGGUUUUUGGAGUUUGAGUGCAACAUCGGCGACCUCAGCAGCAUCGUCAAGGUGGAGAAGAGGCGCAGCGCCAUUCUCAACGAGGUCCGGGAGUUUGAGGGGAAGGACACUGCCCUGCUGGUUGACCGGUACCGGUUUCUGGACCUGUUCCCCUGCAGCCGACAGGAGCUCAGGGCGAUCGGCUACCAGCCUCAGCAGACGGCUACCAGCGGCGUCACCGCCGUCGGGCCCGUAGCCGCCGCCGACAGCGCCCCUGGCGGCGAGGAGAAGCAACUGCCGCGGCCCGACUUCUCCCAGAUGGUGCCCUACAAGCCCAAACAGUACUGGGUGCCCGGAGAGCACCCCAUACCCGGCGGCGGGUUCCCGCUGCCGCCGGCCGCCUACUCUCUGUGCCAGAUGAUGCCGCCGCCUCGCUCCUUCCACGGACCUUUCGUGGGUGUGGACGCCCUGCUGGCCAUCUUUGAGAAGAUGGAGCUGCCCGACAAAGCGCCGGAGCCCGGGGCGACCAACGGUCACAGCGGCUCCCAGUUCGAGAUGGCCAAGUCAGUCCACUGGAUCGUCGAACGCGACGCGCCCAGCCGCGCCAAGAAGCGCAACAACGACUCCGACGAGGAAGACGCCCAGGCGCCGCCCGUCAACGACAUCUACCGGCAGCGACAGCAGAAACGAGUCAAGUGAGAGACAUCUACCGGCCGGCUGACGAGGUAGCGCUUGUACAAAUGACCGCCAGGGGUACCGACGCUGGAUCAGUUUUUCGUCGCGAUUUGGCUCCUGGUCGUGUCCGGUGGGUAAUAUUAACUGCCUGAGGGUCUGUGCAGAUGUGUUCAUGUGGAAUCACCCAUGCGAACGCCUGGAUAUCUGCUGCCUGUUCAUUUGUCCAUGUGUACAUAUGCAUACAGUGCGUGUUGGAUCAGCAUAAGAUCCAUCCACACACCAGCUACUGCGGGGUUAUGUCUGCACGACAAUUAGUCCAACUAGGUCUACACCUGAUCGUGGCCCUUCAGAGCCACUCCUGGACAGGUGACAGCUCAUGAGUUUUCACAUCGCCUCGACGGGCACAAAAGGGCGAAAACUACCCCGCUACCUGGCGACACUUUGGUCAGGUCGUUCUGACCACUGCCUUGAGGCGACUCGUGCGAGCUUCAGUGCAUGGUGUUUGUCGCGCGCUGGGCUGUUUUAGCGGCACCGGGUGUGCACAGUUUGUGCACCGGGAUGUGUCUAGUUUGAACCGUGGACCUAUCACAUCAGUUGGGCAAUGUGAAUGGGGGACGCAGCUGAUUGACAAUACACCGUGUCGGUAUUA